GUGAGCCCGCUCCAGGCGGUGCUGCAGACGCUGCACGCGCUUCUCAACCCGCCCGCCCGCACCACCAAGACGCGGGUGGACUGGGGGCAGCUGGCGCGCAGUGCGGCUGGGAACGCCACUGUGAGGAAAAUGCUGGCGCUGUUUGGCGUCACGAAGGGUGCAGGGGGGCACGUUGACGGAGAUGGAGGCGGCAGCAGCACGGGUGGCGACAACGACAGGGGUGCUGCGUCCAAGGCGACAUCUGGAGGCGGCGGCGGCGGCGAGCCGUCCUACCUGCCAGUGUAUAACCAGGUGGAGGAGCUGGAGCUGCUCUCCCCCGCCCAGCUCCGGAACCUAGCCGAGUACCUGGCGGACGUGGGCCCCCUGGAGUGGCCGGUUCCCGCCGCCCUGGAGGUCCGCAACAACUUCAAACUGCAGCUGCAGCUGAGGACGCAUCGGAGGCUGUUCGGGUACGGGGAAGCACUGCAAUCAGUUGUGGCGGAUGCUGCAGCAGGUUCUGCUACAGGUGCUGCUUCUACGAAAGGGGAUGAGCAGGCGGUUACCGUGGCUGCAGCAGCGGAGAUACGGCAGCGCAUGUCUGCGGGUGCGCCGACACUGAUUCAGCGGCCGCCGCUGCGGGGGCGCUUUGCGGAGAAG